AUGUCCAUGAGCGUCCCGAGCACGUGCCUCGCCGCGCGUUCCCUCCCCGUCGCCGCGGCCAGGCACCUCAGCGCGUGCCGCUCGCGCGCCGCUCGCGGCCACGUCGCGCCCGCGCAGAUCGCGCGAACGAUCGCGGCGCCGUCCUCCCCCUCCCCCUCCUCCUCCUCCUCGCGCCGCCGCCGGCAUCACGUCCUGACGACCGCGGGGUGGAACGACUUUGAGUGGGGCACCGCGUCGAUCGUCUCCAACGACGCGGCGACCCCCAAGGGCGGGCUCCGGUCCAUCGUGAUCUCCGUCGACGCGAGCGUCGCGGAGGGAUACGUCACUCCCGGGCAGUUCGUCCAGAUGCGAACGUCCGAGGACGGCAAGCCCGCGUUCCUCGCGAUCGCGUCCGCGCCCGCUGACGUUUCGUCUUCCUCCUCCGCGAAAACCAACGAGCUCUCGCUCCUCGUGAAGUCGUCCGACGGCACCGCGGGGGAGAUCUGCGCGUUGGAGGCGGGCGCGGAGGUCGGCGUCUCCCCGGCCAUGGGCUCCGGCUUCGACGUGAGCAAGGCGCCCGCGGACGCCUACCCGACGACGCUGCUCUUCGCGACGGGCAGCGGCAUCUCCCCGAUCCGCGCUCUGAUUACCAGCGGCGCGCUGAAAGGCCGCGACGUGACGCUGUACUACGGCACCGCGAGCGGAGAGACGACCGCGUUUCUGGACGAGUUCGAGACGUGGAAGAAGGCGUGCGGCGUGCGCGAGGUGAAGCACGUGCAGUCUCAGGCGCGUUCUAUACACUGGUCCCCAUACGACCGCGUCGGCGUGGUCGGGGGUCCGCCGACGUACGUCCAGGACCAGCUCAAGGCGGAUUUGGAAAACGUCGACGGAGGGAAAGCGUGCGCAGUGUUGUGCGGGCAGAAGGAGAUGACCGAGGCGGUGAUCGAGGUUUUGGAAGGCGCCGGCGUGCCCAAGGAGCGGUGCAUCAUGAACUUCUGA